AUGAAGUUCAAGGACGUGGCGCUCGAGCGCAUGUGGUCCGCCCAUAACAGGAAGAAGCGGCUCGAGGGCGGCACCUACACGCUCUUCUUGCUGACCAUUGCCAUCGCAGUAUACCAACUGGCGCGGCUAUGGUACGUCCUCGACAUUCCCUGCAUGACGUGGUCCAGUAUCGACGUUGCCACUCACUCCGUGAAAUUUGGCAUCUUCUUGAUCCUCUGCACGCUCCUGGGUUUCAACAUCUUGAACUUCCGCCAGGCCCAAAAGAAGGGUGCUGCUGUCGACGCCGACGCCAGCGAAGAGUCGGAUGCUUUACUCGGACAGGGGAUAUUUUGGUGUGCUCUCGCAUUCUAUUACUUUCUCAUCCCCGCCAUCAACAUGCCACCCGUAACUUGGUCUUGCCAGGCCCUGUACGACUGCAAGGAGGAUCGCAUGAAUUCCUGGUUGCUUCUCCAGUCCGUGCGGCACGUGGACUGCACCCUCUCGGGUCCAACAGCGCUGCAAAUGAUGAUAACGUGGGUGUUGAUCCAGCCUUGGAUCAUCCCACGAUACGAGAUGAUGCACAUGUGUUGGAUGUGGGUCGUCUUCGUGUACGUUGGAUGGUCCAUGACGUGGAACUGCAUCGUGGCCCCAACUGGGGUGAUUAACAGGGACACAGGGAUCCCGCUGACUGACCACCCAGUGUUCACUAAUUAUGAUAUAUUCGACCGGGCAAUGCUCUUGUCCGCCACCGUGAUCAUGUCCACUGUUGUGAUGUACUACCUCGAGAAGAACCAGCGCCGGCAGUACCUCAACGAUCGCAAGCAGCGCGAUGCCAGCAAACACAUGUUUGUGAUCCUCGAGGACAUGAUGCCCCCGCACGUCAUCGGGCGAAUGAUGAGGGGGGACCAGAACAUCGCAGAUCACAUCGAGCGUGUUUCGAUCCUCUUCGUUUUGAUCGCCGACUUUGACCAGAAGACGAAGGACCUCCAGAGUCCAGCGAGGGUGCUGGACUAUCUAAACGAGGUCUUCUCCAGGAUGGACAACAUCUGCAAGAGGAACCGCAUCACCAAGAUAGAAACGGUUGGCGAGGAGUACGUGGCGGCGGUCGGCGUGGUGCCGAGCGACAUCGAAGAGGCGAGGGAGAAUGGGCACGGCGCGAUCUUGCAGAGACUCUUGCAGGCCUCCGGCGAGAUCAUGCAAACGCAGACGGAGGACACCAGGUUCAAGAUGGGGGUUCACACCGGCAGCAUCGUUGCUGGGGUCAUGCAGGGCAAGCUCCCGCGCUUCCGCCUCUUCGGAAACACCAUCAACACCGCCGCCCGCAUGAUGCAGAAGGCGCCGAUCGGGCAGCUGCAGUUCGGCGAGGACACGCGGCAGGACGUGCCGGUCAACAUGGCGGCGCAGGUCACGGGGCCUUACGAGGUGGAGAUGAAGGGCAAGGGGAGGGUGCAGACCUACCGGUUCCCAGCCACGCGCAUGGGGGUGUAUGGGGAGGGGGAAGGCUUCUUUGAAGCACCCCUGCUUCUUAGAAGGCGCCGGCCUUGUCUGCAUAUGUAG